AUGGCCUCCGAUACCGACAGUUGGAGCUCUUCGGAGCACGAUGACAAAGCCUCUUCCGGACCUCUUGAUGAAUGGGCUUCUGUCAUCUCACCCGAAAUCGACCAUGUUUCCCCAUCCAUCUCAGACGACAGCCCUCGCAGCACCACCCCUGAGCAAGAGUCUCCAACCGUCGUAACCAUGACUGCGAGGGCCUAUCAGCUAGAGAUGUUAGAGGAGAGCCUCAAGCGGAACAUCAUUGUUGCGAUGGAUACCGGAAGUGGCAAGACUCAGGUUGCCAUACUUCGUAUCAAGGCGGAGCUGGAACGGAGCGACAAGAUGGUCUGGUUUCUGGCACCAACCGUGGCUCUGGCCGCACAGCAAUUCGGUGUAAUCCAAGCCCAGAUCCCAGGCGUCCUGUCCAAAUUCAUCUGUGGUGCCGACAAUGUGAACGCAUGGUCCAGUAAGCCAGGUGUAUGGGACGAGGUUCUUUCCAACAUUCGCAUCGUUGUGUCGACAUACCAGAUUUUGUUUGACGCAGUCUCCCAUGCUUUUGUACGCCUCAAAUCCCUCAGCCUCAUUGUGAUCGAUGAAGCGCACAACUGCGUCAAGAUGAAUGCCGUUGCGAGGCUCAUGAAUGAGCACUAUGCUCAGGCUAAGGCUAGGGGUCUCCCGGUACCUCAUAUAUUGGGUCUCACGGCAAGCCCCUUAAUGAGAUCCAACCUUGACGACGUCGAGGUGCUUGAGCGCACCUUGGAUGCUGUCUGCAAGACCCCGAGCAAACACCGGGACGAGCUCCUAGCACAAGUCAAUCGUCCUACUAUGAUCCCAGCUCCGUAUGGACACCUCGCCAGCCCAGAACAGGCUGAGGGCCCUACUCCGAUGAUGUCAAGGCUGGCUCAGGCUUGUCGGGGUCUCGAUAUCACGCGCGAUCCCUACAUCCUGAAACUGUUGGCUGAAGAUUCUGCACGGAGCCGGGAACUUCUUGCCAAGGCUGUCAAAACCCGGAAGACGUACAGCCAGAAACAGAUGAGGUCGUUCUGGGCCGGAUCCAAGAGAAUCUGCGACGACAUGGGGCCUUGGGCUGCGGACUACUACAUCAAUAGGGUCAUCUCCGAAUUUCUUCAGGAUCCAGACGCGACCAAAACCACCAACAGUCAGUUCAGCGACCUGACGGAACAAGAAAGGAGAUAUUUGGCCGAAGCUUUCCUGGCUGUGGAUCCAAUGCCGCCGCCCGAGACACCAACCAUACUCUCCGCUAAGGUGAACAAGCUGGUUGACAUUCUGGCGUCGUAUCAGGGGAGCCCAGUGGGUAUCGUCUUCGUUAAGGAGAGAGCAAGCGUCGCAGUUCUGGCUCACAUACUGUCGGUUCAUCCCCGGAUCAAGCCUCGAUAUCGAGUAGGGUCCAUGGUGGGCACUUCGAAGGUUCCCGGAAGGAGAAAAGACUUCCUGGACUUGACCAGAAAAGAGGACAUGUUCUCCCUCCAGGGUUUCCGAAAAGGGACAACAAACCUCUUAGUCGCAACGAGCGUGCUUGAGGAAGGGAUUGACGUACCGGUGUGCAAUCUGGUUAUUUGUUUCGACGAGCCAAAGAACCUAAAAUCAUUCAUCCAGCGUCGUGGCCGGGCUCGAAUGGCGAAGUCCCAGCUGUACCUUCUCGUUGGAGGCGUAUCGGACAGGUCGCUAGCAGAGUGGGAGAAGCUCGAGAUGGAAAUGAAGCAAAAGUACCAGGACGAAAUGCGUGAGCAUGAGCUUCUACAAGAGAUUGAGAACAGCGAGGCGUCGGACUAUCCGGUUCUGACAGAUGAAGAAACCGGGGCACAACUCACCAUUCACGAUGCGAGGCAACAUCUCGACCAUUUCUGCGCCACCCUUUCAACAAGGAAAUUUGUUGAUUGGAGCCCGUGGUAUAUCAUCCGAGACCUAGAUGGGAAUCCCGUAGAUAGCCAUGAACGGGCACUACGGAAGGCCAUUGUCCACCUGCCAGUCUCAUUGCCGCCGGAACUACGAUGCUUUGAGAGCAUCCGAGCCUGGCCCUCGGAGGCAAACGCUUGCAAGGAUGCUGCCUUUCAAGCAUACGCCAAGCUCUAUGAAGCCGAGUUGAUAAACCACCACCUCCUGCCCAUCAGGGAGAGAGAACUGCUGAAAGAGGUUGAACCACGUGCGGGGAUGGCUCCGGUCAGAGAGCAACUCAACCCCUGGCCACUGAUUGCCCAGGCAUGGCGAGACAACGCCGCCGUGUCGAGACGGGAACUAACAAUCACGAGUCCCGACGGCGCAGCUCGUCUUGCGUUCGAACUCGGCCUCCCCGUCCCGGUCCCUUACAUGAAGCAGUUCGUGCUACACUGGGACCAUAAGUCAUCAUGGCUCGUCAAGAUGGAGCCUGGAUUGGAAAAGGCCAGGGUCGGCCGCACUGCCCUAAGGCAGUCCGAUCACACGUCUGCCUUGAUUACCAUGGCGUUUGGACACCGGUGGUCCGUUCAGGAGAAGCACUAUCCUGUCCGAUUCACCUCUUUGGAUCAAGAUAUCAGCGUGGAAGGCAUGGCUGUAGAUGAGGUCACCGCGGAUACGAUGGUUUCGUCCAGCUAUCUUGUCCGCAACAUUGCUAACCGCAACCAGCCCUACUUUUACCUGGGCUGGCUGCCAGCCAAGCCUCCAGCCGAACUAGUCAGCAGACCUUAUUCCGGUUUCGAGGAAGCAGCAGAAGACAUUCCAUACGUCGCCGUCAAUCUGUGGCCGAAGAAGGUUGGAUCGUUUAGGGCACCGCAUCCAAACGCCACGCCGCUCCCCAGCAGCAAGCCGUAUCCGAGAGUCUUCCCAGCAGAGCAGAUCCGAGUAGAUCGCGUUCCGGCAGUGUUCGCGCAUGCAGGCAUGCUCAUUCCCGCCAUUACUCAUGCACUCGAGGUGCACUUAGUUGCUAGAGAUCUCCUCGAGUCUCGUUUGGAGAAGACAGGCAUCACAGACCUCUCGCUUGUCGUCACUGCCAUCAGUACGAGUGCGGCUAGAGGCCCAACCGACUAUGAGCGGGUAGAGUUCCUCGGGGACUCGAUUCUCAAGUUUUGCACUACCAUUAACUGCUCAGCCAAAUAUCUCAAGUACCCCGAGGGCUACCUCUCACCGCUCAAAGACAAAAUCGUCGCCAACUCCCGCCUCUUCCGUGCAGCCGUUGACUUCGGCCUCGAUCGCUACAUCAUCCAAAAGGCGUUUACAAUGAACAAAUGGCGCCCCAUCUACGUCGAGGACCUCCUCGAAAACCCGCCCUCGGCCACAGGGACACGAAUCCUCUCAACCAAGACCCUUGCCGAUGUUGUCGAAGCCCUUAUCGGUGCUUCGUACAUAAGCGGACAAAUCCCGAAGGCCCUCGAAUGCAUGUCUCUCUUUCUUCCCGAGGUCGAAUGGAAAAGCCAGGAGCACUGCAGACAAGUCUUGUACGACCACGCGCCGCACGACGAGACCCUGCCUUUUACCAUGCGUGGGCUGGAGGAACUCAUUGGAUACACAUUCACGAAGAAAUCGCUGCUCAUCGAGGCCAUGACCCACCCAUCGUGUAACUCACCCGGCAUCAGGGCCUCGCUGGACAGACUGGAGUUUCUGGGCGACGCGGUGCUGGAUUACAUUGUGGUCACGAACCUGAUGGGUAUCAAGGUUCCAGCUGAGUUGGACAAUGCUACGCUGCAUCUGAUGCGCACGGCGCUGGUCAAUGCCGAUAUGCUUGCGUUUCUGGUCAUGGAAUGGACCGGCCCAAAGCAGGAGAGAGUGGAUGUUGUUGGUGGUGGUGGCGGCGGGGCCUACGGCGACGAUGACGACGACGAGGAUGCUGCUGGGGAUGAUGGGCAGGAGCUGCGCCUCGUCAGAUCAGAGGUCUCCCUCCCACUGUGGAAGUUUAUGCGCCACGCCUCGGCAGACAUGGGCAUCAUCCAGGCGGCGACGGAGCUGAGGCAUGCCGCGAUGCGCGACGAGAUCCUCCACGCGCUGUGGAAAGGCGGCAGCUACCCCUGGGCAUUUCUAGCAAGGCUGCAGGCGCAGAAGUUCUACUCGGAUGUGUUUGAGAGCGUGCUGGGCGCCGUCUGGGUGGAUUCCGGGUCCAUUGAAGCUUGUGAAGGCGUUGUGCGGCGCGCGGGUAUCUUGCCGUUGAUGGAACGGCUGGUUAGGGAUGGUGUGCAUUUGUUGCAUCCCAAGGAGGAGCUGGGCCGGUUGGCGGUUAGUGAAAAGGUUGACUACGUGGUCGAGGCGAAGGAUGAGGAGGGCGGGGAUAAGCAGUUCUCUUGCCGUGUGCUGGUGGGAGGGGAAUGUCUGGCAAUGGUGGAGGGCGGUGUCAGUAGGGAGGAGGCUAGGACGAGGGCCGCGGAGGAGGCUUGUCGGGUGCUGAAGGGGAAGGGGGAGGGGAGGUUGGAUACUGAGUAG